AUGGAGGAUUCCACUGCCCGUCGCAUAUCUCAGCUAGCCCAGCACCUGGGGGAUCCCGGUGGUGCGGGCGCGCUCACGAGGGCCCUCACCUCUGCUGCUGGCGGUCAGGUGCAGCAUGAGAUCCAGAUGCUCCUGGAGCACGACAGCCAUGCCGAGCGCCAGAAGAUGAAGGACCUGAUGAACACCGACCUGUUCACGCCCCGCUGGAACAUCCCACUGGCCGAGGAGCGCGAACUGGCCCUGCGUCGCCUGAAGGUGCUCAGCAACAGCGGCAACUUCUCCAUCACCGACUUCCGCAGCGACCCGCUGCGGAUCUUUGCCGCGCACGAGGUGGCGGCCCUGGCCGACGUGUCCCUGGCCACCAAGAUGACCGUGCAGUACAACCUGUUUGGCGGCACGGUGCUCAAGCUGGGCACCGCCCGCCACCACGACCUCCUCCUCGCCGGCAUCGACACCAUGGACCACAUCGGCUGCUUCGCCCUCACCGAGCUGGGGUUUGGGAACAACGCGGUCGAGAUGCAGACCACCGCCACCUUUGACGAGGCGCGGGACGAGUGGGUCAUCCACACGCCCGGGUCGCUCGCGCAAAAGUACUGGAUCACCAACGGCGCCGUGCACGCACACUGGGCCGUGGUCUUCGCGCAGACCAUCAGCCGCGGCCAGCGCCACGGCAUCCACGGCUUCCUGGUGCGCCUGCGCAACCACGAGACCAUGCAGCCAUGCCAAGGCGUGACCAUUCACGACAUGGGCCACAAAAUGGGCUGCAACGGCGUGGACAAUGGCAAGCUGUGGUUCAACAACGUGCGUGUGCCGCGCUCUGCCAUGCUGGACGCCUUCAGCCAGGUGGCGCGGGAUGGGACGCUGACCUCCAAGAUCCCACGAGCCAGGGAUCGGUUCCUCAAGGUGGCAGACCAGCUGCUCAGUGGCCGCAUCUGCAUCGCCAGCAUGAUGCUGAGCGGGGCGAAAAUGGCGCUGACCAUCGGCAUGCGGUAUGCAAGCACCCGCCUGGCCGUCGGACCCACUGGGAAGAGCGACACACCCAUUCUGGAGUACCAGCUGCAGCAGAGGGCCCUGGCACCCCUCCUGGCCUCCACCAUUGCCCUCAACAUCGGGCUCAACUAUGUCAAGGAGCGGUGGAGCGCGGCGAGUGGCUUCGGAGACCGCUUGAUCCUGGCGGAUGAGGCCCGCGAGGUGAUCACUCUGGUCUGUUCCAUCAAGCCCCUGUGUGGCUGGAACACGGAGGAGACGGCGACCACCUGCCGCGAGCGCUGUGGCGGGCAGGGCUACCUGAGCUGCAACCGGUUUGGCUCCAUCAUCGGCUUUGCACACGCCGGCAUCACGGCGGAGGGCGACAAUCGAGUGCUCUUCACAAAGGUCGCCAAGGAGCUGACCGCCAGCCUGCACGUGCCCGAGGUCAAGGCACGGCUGGAAGCCGGGAAGAAGCCGCCGGCCGUCACCGUCGCCAGCCUGUCCGACCCCGAGGCCCUGCUGGCCCUCUUCACGGCGCGCGACGGCCGGCGUCUGGCCGCGCUGGCCAGCGCAAUGUCGGGCCUGGGCUCCAGCGCGGAGGUGUUCGACGUGUGGAUGCGACGCGAGUCCGACGCUGUGCAGGCCACCGCGACCGCGUACGCGGAGCGGGAGGUGCUGGGCGCGUGCGUGCGUGCGUUGCGCGCCGCCUCGCCCGUCGCGCGCCCACUGCUGGUGCGCUGCGUCACGCUGUACGCGCUGUGCCGGCUGGAGGCCGACCUGGCCUGGCUGAUGACGGAGGGCAUGGUGCCGCUGCGCGUGGGCGCGGCGGUGCCGGGCGCAGUGCGCGGCCUGUGCGCCGCGCUGGCGCCGGACUUUGGCACGCUGGUGCAGGCGCUAGGCGUGCCGGAGCACCUCAUCGCCGCGCCCAUCGCGGGGGACUGGGCGCGGUACAACGAGACGGACAACCGCGGGGAGGUGGUGGGGGAGGUGUUUUAG